AUUGAGGAUGAUUGUGAUCCAGAACAUGGGGCCCAGUUCCCCAGCGAGGAUCAGGAGACAGUGGGUGAAAAGGAUUCGGUGGGGCGUCCUCUUCGGGCUGAUGGUCCUCAUCUAUGGCUCUCAUGCACCACUCAUCACUCUCACCAAGAUAGAUGGUCAAGUCCCUUUCAACCCCUCGUCAUGUGUCGUCAUGAUUGAAUUAGCCAAACUCCUGAUUUCUCUAGCAACUCUCGUUCUAACUGGGGGUACCUCCGCCUUACAUUCUCCUCCACCUCUAGUCCUUGUGGCCCCCUAUGCAGUCCCCGCCAUACUCUACGCUCUCAACAACAACUUGGUGGUGCUCAUGCAGGCCUACAUGGACCCAAGCUCAUACCAAGUCCUGUCUAACCUGAAAAUUGCCUCCACUGCCCUGCUGUACUCCCUCUGCCUGGGCAAGAGGCUCCGGCGUGCUCAGUGGUUGGCUCUGGGGCUACUCAUGUGUGCAGGGGUGUGCCACACCUACAGCAGCCUGGAGCGAGACGGCCCUGAGAGGCCUGAGGCUGAGGAAGGUCCCAGGCUUCAUAUCACAGCUUGGGGGCUUUUCCUUGUGCUGGUGUACUGCUUUGUUUCAGGCCUGGCAGCAGUUUACACAGAGAGGGUGCUGAAGAGCCAGAAGCUGCCCCUUAGCUUGCAGAAUCUCUACCUCUAUGUGUUUGGUGUGGCCAUCAAUGGGCUCUCCUCCUUCUCCUUUGCAGGAAGCGAAAGGAGCUUUCUGGAGGGAUACUCGGGGGUGGUUUGGGUCAUUAUCGCAGGGCAGGCAGCUAACGGACUCCUGAUGUCUGUGGUGCUCAAGCAUGGCAGCGGGAUCACCAGACUGUUUGUUAUUUCCUGCUCCAUGCUGGUUAAUGCUCUGUUGUCCUGGGCCAUCUUAGGGCUGCAGCUCACACCAUUUUUCCUCCUUCCUGUUUCUAUGAUUGGACUGGCAGCUUACCUUUACUACGCAUAGUAAAGUCUCCACCAAACAAACCACGCAGCCCAUUGAACCCAUAAAGAUCUCAUUGCAAUCUACUGGAACUUCAGUUUUCUAGUUCUUGAGUUUCAGUUGUGAAUUGUUUUCUGCCUUUUUAUCAAUCUGCCUUGCAGAUUGCAAGUGCAAACACACGUAUUUGGUUUGUAACCAUAUACUGUUGUUUCAGCUGAUGCCUAAUUUGACAAUUUACAUCAUAUUUUAGAGUUUGAUUUAUAAACCUGUUACACUGUUGCAAAUAAAUUAAAAUAAUGCAAGUCCAGAUAAUUAUAUCUUCAGUGGAACAUUUCUGAAGAGUGCUGCUAUUGUCAUCUUGCUGAUUUGUUUGGUAUUGCAUUCUCUGCCAAGAACAAUGUCAAUAAUAAGUGUUAUAGAGAGUUACUGAAAACCAAUAAAUUGUCAAAUACA